UGCGCCCACAGAAGGAGGUAGUGAAAGCCGCGUCGGUCCACCACAGCGUUCAGUGCUGAAAUGUCGUCGUAAACAAACUGAGAGUGCGAAUAAAACACGUGCUUAAUCUGCCUGAAACAGGAAAAUUAGUUUUCAGGCGAUGGUGCGGGGUCUGUGGGCGGUGCUUCGGAUGGUGUCCUGCGAGGGAGCGGCAGUGCUAAAAUCAAACGUGCCUGGAAGAAGAGCUCCCGUGCGGUGGCACAGACCUACCUGCUCACCUAUCACCACCACCUGCUGCAGGGUUAUAUCCAGCGAGGCGACACACCUACAGUCUGCGGUCAGAAUGCCUGAGAUAACCACAGAUCACCUGGACGAGAAGCAGGUGCAGCUGCUUGCCGAGAUGUGCAUCCUCAUCGACGAGAACGACCGCAAGAUUGGAGCGGACACCAAGAAAAACUGCCACCUCAACUCUAACAUCGACAAAGGUUUAUUACACAGAGCUUUCAGCGUCUUCAUUUUCAAUAGUGAAGAGAAGCUGCUCUUACAACAGAGGUCUGAUGCCAAAAUCACCUUUCCAGGCUGUUUCACAAACACAUGCUGCAGUCAUCCGUUACACAUACAGAGUGAGCUGGAGGAGAAGGAUGCAAUAGGAGUGAGGAGAGCUGCUCAGAGGAGACUUGAAGCUGAACUGGGUAUUCCCAUGGAACAGGUGACACCAGAUGAGAUGACCUACCUGACAAGGAUCCACUACAAAGCUCAAUCAGAUGGUGUGUGGGGAGAACAUGAGAUUGACUACAUACUCUUCAUGCAGAAGAACGUGGAGUUGAAUCCAGACCCCAAUGAGAUCCAGAGUCACUGUUAUGUGAGCAAGGAGGAGCUGAAGGAGAUGUUAGAGAAGGCCAAGCGCAAGGAACUGGAAAUCACACCCUGGUUCAGCCUCAUUGCGGAGACCUUCCUCUUCAAGUGGUGGGACAACCUGCAGAACCUCAAGCAGUUCAUAGAUCACAAAACCAUCCACCGCAUGUAACCACCACAAACCAGGAUGGGGCUCAAUCAUUUCAAACCUUUGGUUGAAAUUGCCUGACACACAAGCACAUCCAGCUUAGCUGACCCUCUAAUGUCGAAUCAUCGGCUACUCUUGUCAAAGUAGUAGUAGGCGUAGGACAUCUACACCACAGGCAAAGUGUUUAAGUGUUGCUUAACAUGAGAGGUGAUGAGGUUCACAGUAGGUUCGUAGCUCUACACACGAGAGGUGAAGCAAACCAGGCUGGUAGGGUGACUCUUUGAUUAUUAAAAACACACCUGGGCUACAUCUGGGAGUCAGUUCUGAAAAGCUGCACACUGGAUUAAACAGACUGAACAGAAAUGAUAUGCAUGGAACAUUGUAUUUUGUUAGGAAGAAAAUGCGUUGUAACAAUUGACAACUCCAUGAAGAGAAUAGGCUAUUUUUCUAUAAAAACUAUAAAAGUGCCUGAGUACAGGUCAUUAGGGUCGAGAUGAGUAGUACUGAUGUGAUGUCACAGAACCUACCAUCACUCUGUAUAUUGUUGACAGUAUCGGUGAAGAAGCUGUAUCUUUAUACCCUUUUACACAAUAAAAAAGUUUGACUGUG